CUGACAUCUAUAUAAGAGAGUAUCGAGCCUCUUCAGUCAAGAGCUCGAAAAUAUUUUCUCGCAACAAGUUUGUUGGAGAACAGCUUAGAAAAAAGUUGUUUCAUUUUCUUCCUCUCUUGUCCUAAUAACAUUAUAAUCAUGAAGGAUCAAGAGCAAACCCCGUGCUCCAAAAAACCGACUAAAUUACGGAACCUAAUCUACAAAACUGAAGCUUUUGAUUCUCUUCAUCCUCGAGGAACUGAGAAAACACUAUGCACGAAUCAAGUGUGUCUUGGCAGCGUAAUGUCACUACCGGUCCACGGAACCGAGUCUCGAACCAAAGAAGAAAUUCUUCUUCAUGCCAAGGAAUUUUUGGAACAAUAUUUCUCCUCGAUCAGAAGAGUGAACAGCGAUGCACAUCGUUUACGAUGGGAAAGUGUACAAAAAGAAGUCACAGCAACUGGCACUUAUCAACUGAGCGAAACGGAAUUGGUAUUCGGUGCUAAAUUAGCCUGGCGUAAUGCGGCACGUUGCAUUGGUCGCAUACAAUGGUCCAAAUUGCAGGUUUUCGAUUGUCGUUACGUCACAACAACCAGUGGAAUGUUCGAAGCCAUUUGCAAUCACAUCAAAUACGGUACUAAUAAAGGAAACAUAAGGUCUGCUAUAACAAUAUUUCCCCAAAGAACUGAUGGUAAGCACGACUUUCGUGUAUGGAAUCAGCAAUUGAUCGCAUACGCUGGAUACAAAAAUAAAGAUGGCACGAUAUUGGGCGAUCCGGCAAACGUCGAAUUUACAGAUAUUUGCAUAAAGUUGGGCUGGCGAGGACCAAGGAAUGGUAUAAAAACGAGAUUCGAUAUAUUGCCACUCGUGCUGUCGGCGAAUGGCCAUGAUCCAGAUUAUUUUGACAUACCGAGUGAACUCGUGCUUGAAGUACCAAUUAUUCAUCCGACAUUCGAAUGGUUCGCCGAAUUGAAACUGAAAUGGUUCGCGGUGCCGGCAGUCUCAGGAAUGGUUUUCGAUUGCGGAGGCUUGGAAUUCACAGCGGCUCCUUUCAAUGGUUGGUACAUGAGCACAGAAAUAGGUUCUCGUGAUCUUUGCGACGUCACCAGGUAUAAUCUACUCGAGACAAUUGCAACGUCAAUGGGCUUGGAUACGAGAAGUCCAAUUACUUUGUGGAAAGAUAAAGCCAUGAUCGAAGCUAAUGUCGCUGUGCUUUAUAGUUUUCAGAUGAAAAACGUGACGAUCGUCGAUCACCAUACAGCAUCCGAAUCUUUCAUGAAACAUUAUGAAAAUGAAAUGCGUUUACGAAACGGCUGCCCGGCGGAUUGGCUGUGGAUCGUACCCCCCAUUUCCGGUUCUGCAACGACCGUUUUCCAUCAGGAAAUGGCACUCUAUCAUCUCAAACCAGCUUAUGAUGCUCAGGAACCAGCAUGGAAAACUCACGUGUGGAAAAAGGGCAGAGACAAAAAGUCGACGUCGAAAAAGCCACGAAGGAAAUUCCAUUUCAAACAAAUAGCGAGAGCUGUCAAGUUCACUUCAAAGUUAUUUGGACGUGCAUUGUCACGUAGAAUCAAAGCUACAGUUCUGUUUGCAACGGAAACCGGAACUUCGCAAAUGUAUGCCGAGAAACUCGGAGAACUCCUGGGUCACGCUUUUCAUUCGCAAGUUUUAAGUAUGGCCGAGUACGACAUUAGUAAUAUCGAGCACGAGGCUCUUCUUCUUGUUAUUACAUCGACAUUCGGCAAUGGUGAUCCCCCUGAAAAUGGAGAGGCUUUUGCACAAAAUUUAUACGCCAUGAAAAUGAAUGAGACGUACACCAACAGUGAAAGUAAAAUCAGUCUGGCUACUUCGAAAUCUUUCAUUAAAGCUAACAGCCAAACUGAAGUGGGAAGCAUGAAGAAAUUGGACAGGCUCGACUCUCUGAGAGGCUCGACGACAGAAUCGCAGAAUGAAGAUACGUUUGGGCCCUUGAGUAACGUCAGAUUCGCUGUAUUCGCACUCGGCUCUUCAGCUUAUCCAAAUUUUUGUGCAUUUGGUCAUUACGUUGACAAUCUUUUGGGUGAGCUUGGCGGUGAGAGAUUGUCGCGAUUAUCCCAGGGCGAUGAAAUGUGUGGCCAGGAACAAGCAUUCAGAAAAUGGGCUGCCGAUACUUUUGCAGUCGCCUGCGAAACUUUUUGUCUCGACGAUGACGAAACAUUGCUGGAAGUUGCCUUAUCACUGGGCUCGGAAGCUCUCACGAAUUCGACUGUUCGUUUCGUCGAAGCGGAUCCACAACCGAUAGCAAAAUCUCUGAGCAAAUGUCACAACAGAAACGUGACGACUUGCAACAUGCUGAAAAAAACGGAUUUGACAACCAACGAUUCAGGAGUAACUACUCUUCUUUUGGAAUUGGACGAUAUCGCGGGUAUGGAAAUAUCCUACAAGCCGGGCGAUCAUCUCGGUGUAUUUGCUUGCAACAAAAGUGAUUUGGUGGAAGGAAUUCUUGCUCGAAUGGAACCAGAGAUGAAUUUCGAUGUCCCAGUUGAAUUGCAGAUGCAAAAACAGUCUCACACGCCCAACGGAAUCGUCAAAACUUGGGUACCCCACGACAAGUUUUCUCCAAACUCUUUGAGGAUGUUGUUCACGCGUUUUCUGGAUAUAACAACUCCACCAACGCCCAAUUUGCUAAGAUACUUUGCUUCCAUUGCUACGAAUACGAAGGAGCAGGCUCAACUCAAUGUUUUAGCUACGGACUCAACGGCUUACGAGGACUGGAAGCACUGGAAGUAUCCAAACCUGUUGGAAGUUCUCGAUGAAUUUCCAUCGGUCAGGCCAUUUGCUCCGCUCUUUGUUCUCCAUUUGACUCCUCUGCAGCCUCGCUUUUACAGCAUAUCUUCUUCACCGUUGGUUCAUCAAGGUCAAAUUCAUCUGACCGUAGCAAUCGUGCAGUACAAAUCACAAGGUGGGAAAGGUCCAGUGCAUUAUGGCGUAUGCUCCAAUUACCUUAAUGACAUUUCGGACGGAGAGCCUCUCUACGUAUUUGUGAGAAGUGCCCACAAUUUUUAUAUGCCAGCGAAAAUCAGCGCCCCCAUGAUUCUCGUUGGUCCUGGAACUGGAAUUGCACCUUUUCGUGGAUUUUGGCAUCACCGACACGCCGAACGAAAAUUACAUCACCAUGAGAAUUAUGGCAAAAUAUGGUUGUUCUUUGGUUGUCGUCAAAGAAAUUUGGAUCUGUAUAGGCAAGAAAAGAAAGAAAUGCUCGAAACCGGGGUCUUGGACAAAGUUUUUCUCGCCUUGUCCCGUGAACCCGGUAUUACUAAGACUUACGUUCAACAUUUGAUACAAGCCGAAGCGUCACAAAUUUACAAUAUGCUGGUGCACGAACAAGGACACUUUUACGUUUGCGGCGACUGUACAAUGGCCGAGGACGUUUAUCAAACUUUGAAACAAAUUAUACAAACUCAUGGACAGAUGCUCGACAGAGAGGUUGAGGCCUACAUGCUCAGUUUAAGGGACGAAAAUCGUUAUCACGAGGACAUUUUCGGUAUAACAUUUCGAACGGCCGAGGUUCAUAACCGUUCGCGUGAAACGGCAAGAAUAAGGUUGGCCCAUACAGAGCCUUAAAUUCGAAUCGACAAAAAUCUCAAAUAUUCUCUUGCAGCAACAAAAUUUAUCUUAAAUUAAACCGAGUACGUUUGCAUGUAGUGAAAAUAUCGUUUGAGUCAACAAGAAAAUCAUAUCGAUGAAAAAUAUGUCAUAUUUUUCCUAAGAGGAUAUUUUUUGACGGGAUCAUACGGACGUCGUGAUGAAUAAUCGAUAAAAAAAAUCAAAGACAUUAUCCUGUCAGCAUUUAUCUAUACGUAUAACUAAUCAAAAAAAUUGCACAAACCUUAGUAAAAAGUGACCAUUGUGAUAUAAACAAGAAUGGAUCAAAAUCGAGGAUGGAACGAUGAAGACAAUCUCGUCAUAGAAAUCUUCGAAUCUUCGCAACAAAUAACUAUAUGAAUUUUAUUCGAGUCUCGUUCAUAAUUGUAUAGAAGUCAUGGAAAUAAAAACAAACGAAUAAUUCCAAUAGCAAA